UCUGGAUCCGUCACUGGGUUACAGAACCUCUGCAGGAUCAGAAGUUCUAGCAGAACCUCUGCAGGAUCAGAAGUUGUGGAUCCGUCACUUUGCUCCAGAACCUCUGCAGGAUCAGAAGUUCUAGCAGAACCUCUGCAGGAUCAGAAGUUCUGGAUCCGUCACUGGGUUACAGAACCUCUGCAGGAUCAGAAGUUCUAGCAGAACCUCUGCAGGAUCAGAAGUUGUGGAUCCGUCACUUUGCUCCAGAACCUCUGCAGGAUCAGAAGUUCUAGCAGAACCUCUGCAGGAUCAGAAGUUGUGGAUCCCCUGCAGUCUGGACCUUGACAGAAACAGCUGGUCACUCAGGAGAAAAGCUGGGUCUUUCCUGGAUCAGGUCCAGUCAGGUCCAGCGGUUCUUUUGGUCUCAUGCAGCUGUGUGGGAGGGGCGGAGUCACAGGCUGCACUUUGGUGGCUCUUCAGAACCGCUGAUGAAGGUCCAGACCAGCGUUGUGGCACUGUCUGUCUCUGCGGACCCAUUGAAGAAGAACUUCCUCAUCAUCAUCCUCAUCAGGCUGAACAGCUGCCUCCGUCACACGGCUGAUGGUCAUGUGAUCAGAGGCUCUCUAACUCCUCCGGGUCAGACCCGGUACCCCUGCAGACUGGCGGGACGGGAAUGUGUCCCCUGCAGCGCAGAGGGGGGGGGGCAACGUUCCACCAGGAGAAGAUCCAUCACCUCCAGGGAGGAACGGGACUCUGUGAGACCCUCAAGACCUGCAGACCGGCUCAGACGUUACCGCGUGUCUGUUCUGCUGCAGGACUUUGACCACGCCCACUCCUGCCACGUCCUCCAUGACCCCAGAGAAGUCUGACCCCCAACACAUCUCACCCCCCUCCAGAGGCCACAUGGUACAGUCCACACACCUGAACCUGGAGGAUCAGAUCUUCAUCCCCGUAGAAGAUUCUGACCCUCCAGCCUCAACGGUCCUGACCCGUUACCGAGGCUCAGGUAAUGACGGUGUAAACGCAGCAGAACCCUGGUUCUGUGGAGAACCAGCUGUUCUACUGCAGCAGAACUCUGGAGCGGUUCACAGACAGACGGACGGAUAGAUAAUUUGCUUCAAAGUCAUUGUCUGUUACAAUGACUUUGAAGCAUCAGCAUUUCAGUGCCAGAAUGACAAAAUAACGACAUAAAUACAUCAGGAUGUACGACACGAGACGUUUGGAGAUGCAUGCUGGGUAAAGGAGGAGCAGUGAGGACCUGAAGGAGUUUCUGUGAGAGGAACCAGAACCAGAGAUGGUGCAAAAGAACAGUUCUGAGGGAACAUCUGGGUUUGGAGCCAGGCUGGAACCACAUGAGAACCUCUCUGCUCGUGGAAAGGUUCUGCAGAGGCAGCAGCUCAGAACCCGAGAGUUCUCCAGAGGACAGACGGGCCUUGUCCUCUGCAGAGGAGGGGUGGGGUGGACCCGCAGCUUCAUCGUCACACAUCGGCGCUACAGCGAGGAAACCGUCUGCCGCCUAGGUGUGAUUGAGGAGGCUCCUCCCCCUUCAUGCUGAUGAUGUAACCUGCUCCUCCGACAGCUUCCAGACCAAAGCCGAGGAACCCUCCAGUCUGACCCGCAGGCCGCCCAAAAACCAGAACCCCACACACGGUCCUCGGUGAGAAAGGAGGGUCCGACCCGGACCUGAGUUCUGGUUCAUUUGAUGUCAACUGAACCCAAAACCUUUGAGCAAAGCAGCUUCUACAGAGCCUCACAGAUUUCCCAGCAGCCUCGUGUGUGGUUCAGCUGCCUCCCCUCCCCCCACCAGAGGAGAAACAGAGCCAUAGGGAACACAGAGGAGAACGCGGCUGCUUCAGGGCCUCAGGCGGGAGGUGAGGAACCAGAGAACCGGCUCUGCAGAGGUCCGACACCUCCACAUGUAGGUUGUUCUCCUAUGGACGGUGCGCGGGUUUGAUUCCUGCUCAGCUCCUUGCAGCCUUUGCUCCAAACUGUGGAGCGUAUUUUCCAGCACAUGAGUGUUUGUGGUGGUUUGUUUGGAAGUUGUCAUGACAACGGAUCCAGCUCGACAAAAGGGAAUCUUCUCAUUGCUGGACCUGGGUCAGAACCAUCAGGUUCAGUGAGAACAAGUGGACAUUCUGACCAAAAACAGUCAGUUCUAUUGAGAUCUACAGGGAUGUACGGAUCAUCUGUGUGGAUCUGUCAGGUUCUACAGGGAUCUACGGAUCAUCUGUGUGGAUCUGUCAGGUCCUACAGGGAUCUACAGAUCAUCAGUGUGGAUCUGUCAGGUUCUACAGGGAUCUACGGAUCAUCUGUGUGGAUCUGUCAGGUCCUACAGGGAUCUACAGAUCAUCAGUGUGGAUCUGUCAGGUUCUACAGGGAUCUACGGAUCAUCAGUGUGGAUCUGUCAGGUUCUACAGGGAUCUACACAUCAUCAGUUUGGAUGUGUCCGGUUCUAUAGGGAUCUACAGAUCAUCAGUGUGGAUCUGUCAGGUUCUAUAGGGAUCUACAGUUCAUCAGUGUGGAUCUGUCAGGUUCUACAGGGAUCUACAGAUCAUCAGUGUGGAUCUGUCAGGUUCUACAGGGAUCUACGGAUCAUCAGUGUGGAUCUGUCAGGUUCUACAGGGAUCUACACAUCAUCAGUUUGGAUGUGUCCGGUUCUAUAGGGAUCUACAGUUCAUCAGUGUAGAUCUGUCAGGUUCUACAGGGAUCUACGGAUCAUCAGUGUGGAUCUGUCAGGUUCUACAGGGAUCUACGGAUCAUCAGUGUGGAUCUGUCAGGUUCUACAGGGAUGUACGGAUCAUCUGUGUGGAUCUGUCAGGUCCUACAGGGAUCUACAGAUCAUCAGUGUGGAUCUGUCAGGUUCUACAGGGAUGUACGGAUCAUCUGUGUGGAUCUGUCAGGUCCUACAGGGAUCUACAGAUCAUCAGUGUGGAUCUGUCAGGUUCUACAGGGAUCUACGGAUCAUCUGUGUGGAUCUGUCAGGUUCUACAGGGAUCUACAGAUUAUCAGUGUGGAUGUGUCCGGUUCUACAGGUCAUGAGUGUGGACCUGUCAGGUUCUACAGGGAUCUAGGGAUCAUCUGUGUGGAUCUGUCAGGUCCUACAGGGAUCUACAGAUCAUCAGUGUGGAUCUGUCAGGUUCUACAGGGAUCUACGGAUCAUCUGUGUGGAUCUGUCAGGUUCUACAGGGAUCUACAGAUCAUCAGUGUGGAUGUGUCCGGUUCUACAGGUCAUGAGUGUGGAUCUGUCAGGUUCUACAAAUCAUCAGUGCAGAUCUGUCAGGUUCUACAGGGAUCUACGGAUCAUCAGUGUGGAUGUGUCAGGUUCUACAGGGAUCUACAGAUCAUCAGUUUGGAUGUGUCCGGUUCUAUAGGGAUCUACAGUUCAUCAGUGUGGAUCUGUCAGGUUCUACAGGGAUCUACGGAUCAUCAGUGUGGAUCUGUCAGGUUCUAUAGGGAUCUACGGAUCAUCAGUGUGGAUCUGUCAGGUUCUAUAGGGAUCUACAGAUCAUCUGUGUGGAUCUGUCAGGUUCUACAGGGAUCUACAGAUCAUCAGUGUGGAUCUGUCAGGUUCUACAGGGAUCUACAGAUCAUCAGUUUGGAUGUGUCCGGUUCUAUAGGGAUCUACAGUUCAUCAGUGUGGAUCUGUCAGGUUCUACAGGGAUCUACGGAUCAUCAGUGUGGAUCUGUCAGGUUCUAUAGGGAUCUACAGAUCAUCAGUGUGGAUCUGUCAGGUUCUACAGGGAUCUACGGAUCAUCAGUGUGGAUCUGUCAGGUUCUACAGGGAUCUACAGAUCAUCAGUGUGGAUGUGUCCGGUUCUACAGGUCAUGAGUGUGGAUCUGUCAGGUUCUACAAAUCAUCAGUGCAGAUCUGUCAGGUUCUACAGGGAUCUACGGAUCAUCAGUGUGGAUCUGUCAGGUUCUAUAGGGAUCUACAGAUCAUCAGUGUGGAUCUGUCAGGUUCUACAGGGAUCUACGGAUCAUCAGUGUGGAUCUGUCAGGUUCUACAGGGAUCUACAGAUCAUCAGUGUGGAUGUGUCAGGUUCUACAGGGAUCUACAGAUCAUCAGUGUGGAUGUGUCCGGUUCUACAGGUCAUGAGUGUGGAUCUGUCAGGUUCUACAAAUCAUCAGUGCAGAUCUGUCAGGUUCUACAGGGAUCUACGGAUCAUCAGUGUGGAUCUGUCAGGUCCUACAGGGAUCUACGGAUCAUCAGUGUGGAUCUGUCAGGUCCUACAGGGAUCUACGGAUCAUCAGUGUGGAUCUGUCAGGUCCUACAGAGGGAUCUUUAGAGGUUCUGCAGGUACAGAAACAGAGGAGUUUAGCUGCUGGGAGCAGAGAGGGGUUGGAGUGAAAACAGAUCGUCUGCAGGAAUGAGACAGUCAGCAGACAGUUAUGCAGAAGACUAAUGAUGUGUAGCUGUGGUUCUGGGGGGAGGGGGGGGGACAUCUGUUUCUGAGGAUCUCUUUAUGAGCUCCAUUCCUGGAAGACCUCAUCAGAGUCCGUGGGGACAGUGUGAUGAACUCCAACCGCUGGGACCAGAUCACCACAGACCCUCCAGGCUCCUGUUGGUUCCUUAGAGGUUCCUCCAUCAGGAACCGGGCUUUUAAAGGCGGGUCAAGGGCCUCCAGUGGUUUUCCGGUGUGCGAGGGAUCUGCUGUGCUCGUCUGUCUACAUCAGGGAUCUUUCUCCAGAGACAGAUUCAGGUUCUGGAAAACAGGUCAAGUGAAACCGGGUAGGUGUCCGUUGGGUCCAUCUGGGCCCAGAGUUCAGUAAGUUUGUCUGCUGGGAUGAAGACAGAUACCGGAACCAUCUGAGCCCAAAAGCAGAACCAGAACUGAUCCAGAACACAUAGCUGAGUUCAGGCUGAUGGAACAAGCGGAACCUCCUCAGUCUGAGAUCAGGGCUGGGGGUGGGUGGGUUGAAACCCUGAUCUGAUCUAGAACCUCCUGCUGCUUCCAGACCACCGAUGGUUUCAUGGAGCGGAACAGGUCACCUGUCCGGGUUGAUGCUGGGAGGUGAGUGAUGACAUCACGGUGAGCAGAUCCAGCAUGAAACCACCUUCUACUCACUCUCUGUUCCUGAUCUCAGGAGCAACCAGAACCGUCCCACUGGAGGCUGGUGUUGGACCGCAGUGGUUCUCGUUGAUUCCAAGGGUGCAGGGCUGGAACAACCAGAACACAGGUCUACAGCCGGAGCUUCCAGCACAGAAACCACUAGGAUCCACAACAGGAUCUGGCCCCUGAUCCACAACAGGAUCCAGACCAGGAUCAGGUUUUGUCAGCACCCGCUGUGGAGGACCGAGGAGCAGUGAUGGGU